CCGUCCCUUCUUCAGUCACUAACCGUCGCUACAACCGUGUCUACUGCACCCUUCUAGACAAACAGAGAGAAAGACAGAGAACCAGAGAGACAGUCAAGAUGGUGUCCCAGUGCAGACAGAUGUUGGGCUUCUCCCUCGGCAUCAUCGGGUUCCUCGGCACCAUCAUCAUCUGUGCGCUGCCCCAGUGGAGAGUGACCGCGUUCAUCGGCGCCAACAUCGUGACGGCGCAGGUCAUCUGGGAGGGCCUGUGGAUGAACUGCGUGACCCAGAGCACGGGUCAGAUGCAGUGCAAGAUCUACGACUCCCUGCUGGCGCUGCCCCAGGACCUGCAGGCCGCCCGCGCCCUGGUGGUCAUCGCCAUCAUCAUCGCCGUCUUCGCCAUCCUCCUGGCCAUCUCCGGCGGCAAGUGCACCAACUUCGUGGAGGACGAGAAGUCCAAGGCCAAGGUGGCGCUGGCCAGCGGAGUCACCUUCAUCAUCGCCGGCGUCAUGGUCCUCAUCCCCGUGUGCUGGACGGCAAACAGCGUCAUCCGGGACUUCUACAACCCCGUCCUGACCAACGCCCAGCGGCGGGAGCUUGUCGCCAUGGCGUCUGUGGGCCUGCAGAUCCUGGGCAUCGUCCUGGCCUUGGUGGGCUGGGUCGGGGUCAUCCUGGUGUGCGCCCUGCCCAUGUGGCGGGUGACGGCCUUCAUCGGCAACAACAUCAUCACCUCGCAGACCAUCUGGGAGGGCAUCUGGAUGACCUGCGUCCACCAGAGCACGGGCCAGAUGCAGUGCAAGGUCUACGACUCCAUGCUGGCGCUGACCUCUGACCUCCAGGCGGCCCGCGCCCUCGUGGUCAUCUCCGUGGUGGUGGGCGUGGUCGGGCUCCUCAUGUCCUUCGCCGGCGGCAAGUGCACCAACUUCAUCGCGGACGAGGCGGGCAAGGCGCGGGCGGGCAUCGCGGCCGGCGUGGUGCUGAUGGUCAGCGGCGUCCUCUGCCUCGUGCCCGUGUCCUGGACCGCCAGCACGAUCAUCAGCGACUUCUACAACCCCCUGCUGAACGACGCCCAGCGGCGGGAGCUCGGCAGCGCGCUGUACGUGGGCUGGGGCGCGGGGCUGCUCCUGCUGCUCGGCGGGGCGCUCCUCUGCACCUCCUGCCCCCCCAGAGGAGAGGUCGCCAAAGGUCGCGCCGCGUCGCUCCGCUACUUCCCUGUGAGGACCCCCAAGCCGUCCAGCCAGACGGACUCGGUGCCCAGCCACAAACCUCCGUCGCCGCGCUCCCCCUCGCCAAGCAAGACCUACAUCUGACACUGCAGGAGUGCCCGAUAGGUGCCCUGUGCCACGCCGUCACCAUGGCAUCACUGAUGCAAUCAGGGGACCCUGUGCACACCCAGCUCUGUGUUAUCUCCGUCACGCAUUUACUGUUUCUGUCUGUGGACUCUACUCCCAAGCAGCGUGACAUGGCUUAGUACAUGUGUACCUGACUGAGUGAAGAAGAGGGUGAAAUGAAGACUGCAUUCGUCUGAUUGAUUAUGACUUGAUUUGGAAAUCUUAAUUUGGAUAUCUGCUGAGCACUUUCCUCUAUAGAAAAAAAAGAAAAUCUGUUAAGCAAUUCUCUGGUGUUUGUAAAUAGAUCUUUUGAAGACAGAUGAAGGAAAAGGUCAAAUGAAGGCUGUAUUUCUGUAACUAAUGCUGUGUGUUAUUCAGUUUAGUAAAUGUGUUUUUAUAGACCCUUUUAAUUCCUAAUUCCUGUUCCUAGAAGGCUGUCUUGUCCCUUUGUCUGGAUUUUCUUUUGAAAAGUUAAGAUACACUGUGAUUUUUUAGAAAGGGAAACUGAGGGCUAAUUGCACUGAAACUUAACACUGAAAAAAUGAAUUAGAGUGGUAUUGAGUUUGUUCUGAUAGUUGUUUGAUUAUUUCAGCUUAGCUUGCUGAAGUUUGAUUGUAUCAACAAUUUAUACCUAAAAGAAGACAUUUUACCAUAUUUUUUAUAUAUAGAAGCAAGUGAUGUUUGAUGAUCAACAGAAUGGUGUGUGAUUAUGUGUAAACAGAGCUAAGAGAGGUCUGUGUGUGAAAGCAAGUCUCUGUUCUCACAGUCGGAAAGACAGGUUCGAGUUACCAGGCUUUCACCUGCGGCCCCUCCCCCACCCCAGCAUUCUGGUUUCACCAGGAAACUGAAGAAUAACAGCCCCACAGCCAACCCUAUAGGCCCUUCUAAAUACCCGGCAUUGUUUCAGCCCUGCGUUCGUUACAAGUGAACCUCUCAAACAACAGUCUUGGUUUUCAAAAAAUGCUUUGUGGAAAGGUUGACUCUGGCCUAGUCGAUGGCCAGAUCCAGCAUUGUCUGUGCUAUCUAGACAAGAUCUAUUUGGUUCUUUAUGACCGUACUUAAGACAACUAAAAGCCUGAUAUGUGUGCUAGUAAUGUGGUUUGGCAUGUUAGGGAGGGGAAGAGAUUAGGUCUUUUUAUGUGACGCACUCUUGUUUUUGCCAAACUGUGCUUUGUCUGUAACGUCUGUAACUGUUUCAUUAUUACCUGACUUUACAAAGAAAGUAUAAU